UCCACCUGCUUCAGCUUUGUUUGGAAAGCUGCUCCUUAUUGCUGUGCGUCACGGGUGUGCUCAGGAGCUGGCCAACCCAGCCAGUGCCCCUGCAGCACACUCCUCCCCGGAGAGUUCACCCUGCAGCCAUUCACACCGAGCAUGGAUGAGAGCAGCAGCUCUUCUGCAUCGCUUGGAGCACCCUUGCGGGUGUGGAACACAGUCAGAUGGGAAGAAGAGAGGCUGAAAGUGUUGAAAAAACCACUGGUGACUGGCGGCAACUGGGAUGGUCCCAGAGGUCUCCUGGGAUGGACUAAGCACCUCUUAAAGGACUGACUUAGAUGCUGCUGGCCUCAAUCUGCAGCUGGAGAAUCUGAAGCACUUCUGUCCCAUUCCACCAGCUUGGCCACACAUCUCCUCACAGCAGGGUUUCUUUGUGCUGGGGUCUGUUUAUUCUGGGCAUCUGUUACGACCCUCCUCAUCUGGGAAGAUGGUCAACAUCCUGUGCACGGUGCUGCACUCCCUCCUGAGCUGCCUCAUUCCCCCGGCCAACCUGCUGGUGAUUGUGGCUGUCUACCAGCUGAUGAGGAAGCAACCAGGCACCAGCUACAUCUACAUCCUCAACCUGGCCACCGCUGACCUGCUGGUGGGUGUGAUGUGCAUUUCUGAGGCGCUGGACGACAUCCUUGAUGGGGACUUUGACCGCAGCAAGUCCUUCUGCCUCCUGCGCAUCUCCAUGAGCAUGACGCCGUGCAUCGGCUCCAUCCUGACCCUGCUCCUCAUCUCUCUGGACAGGUACCUGGCGGUGAGGCUGCCGCUCUCCUAUCCCACCUUCCCAAAGAAAAUGCCUGUGGUCCUUUCCCUCACUGUCCUCUGGAUGCUCUCCUUCCUUUUUGGACACUUGCCUUUGAUCUUUCCCUCUCUCCAGCAAAGCAACUACACAGGUUACUGCGGGCUCCUCUAUGCAGCCAAGAGUGAGUAUCUCUACACGAUCUGCUUUGGCAUCUUUGCUCCGUCCCUGCUGGUGCUGGUGUGCCUGCACGUCUCGGUGGGCAGCAUCGCCUACCUGCAGCACAAGCGGCUGCAGCACGCCUGCGCCCAGGCUGGGAGCCUCCGCUCCCGCCUGCGCCACUUCAAGGCGCUGCGGACCGUGCUCAUCGUCAUCAUCGGCUUCAGCCUCUCGUGGGGGCCGUACCUGGUGGGGGGCGCUGUGCAGGCCGCCUGCAGCUCCUGCAACCUGUCUGACCCGCUCAAGGACGCCUUAUUCCUGCUGGGCGAGACCAACUCCCUCAUCAACCCCCUUGUCUAUGCCCUGCACAGCAAAGACAUCAGAAGCCACCUCGCGAAGCUGCUCAAAUGCAGGGCAAAGGGCCAAGUGAAGCCCCUGGCUUCCAACGUCCGAACCGUGGGGAGCUGGGAUGGAGGCUGGCCUGAGGCACCCGGAUCAUGAGGCAUCCAUGUCCCGCUGCCUCUGCCCGCACUCCUCCUGUGGUUGUCGGGCCCCUAGCAGAGGGUGACACAUGGUGCUGUGCGGGUGUGAAGUGGGGCCUUCCUGGUCCAUCAGCUGCUCACGAGCUGCUGCCAGGGGCUGCAGCUUGUGCGUGCCGUCUGGUAUCUGCAUUAACGGCCCACUGUCCCCCCAUCCCAGCACUGCUGAGGCAGUGCCUUGGGAUUGCUUUGGGUGAACUGUGGCCUUUUGUCUCCCUCUGCAUGGGAGAAUCGCUGUCUCAUAGCUGCAGCAGGCUGAGCUGCCGUAAGGCGCUCCCUCCAGGGAAGUCCGGACAUGCCGGUGGUGCAAUGUCCUCAGCAAAUGCUGGCUGCGCAGAGAGGUGCCUGGGCAGGCAACCUCUGAGUGAACACCUCUUCCCUGCCUUCCUGUCACAGGCUGUGCCUUAGCUAUGCUCUGCUUGUUUUCC